CAUUUUCUCGUUGUCAACAAAUCUAACCUAAAAUAUAAACAAUACUUUCAAACCUUCUUUAAUCAGGUUCCAAAGCGAAAAUGGAAGACAAUAGUAAAGUAACACUAUCCAAAUCAAUUUUGGAUAUGAAAUUCAUGAAAAGAACCAAAGAACGAGUUCUAAAAGAAGUCGACGAUGCUGAAGGGAAAGCAAUGUACUCGAACGAAAUUACAGAUGAAAUGAAAAAGGCUGGUAAUAUAGUUUUUGUUGAUACAAGUUUAUCUAAUUGCAAGGAUUUAAUUGACGGUAGACUUUCUUUCGGUGGCAUGAAUCCUGAAGUGGAAAAAUUAAUGGCAAAUGAUUAUGCUAAACGAGUAGAACAAAUUGAGAAAAAGAAGGAAAAAGAUGUUACAGAUGAGGAAAUGGCCAAGGGUUAUUCCACUGUAGUAAAUACCAUCAGUAAAAAGUUUCAGAAUAAGAAGAAUAGGAAAGGUUUUGUCAAGCCCAGUGAAGAGGACCAGUAUUGAGACUUUUUAAAUUUAUUAUAGGUAUAAUAUAUAAUUUUAUAAAUAAAAUAUUUGUCAGAA